AUGACGACGCCUGAGUCUCCUUCCAAUCCUGCUACCGCCAGCAAAGGCGCCGAGGCUGCAGCCAUGGAGGCAAAAGACAAUGCCGCUGUGGAAGAGGGCUCCAUUUUGGAGAAGGCCCGCUCACUUACAUCAACUUACAAUGCCACCAUGAGCCUUGAUCCGGUGGCUGAGCGGAAGCUGGUGUGGAAGUUUGACUUGCGCCUACUACCAACGCUCGCAGUCAUGUACCUAUUCAACGCCCUCGACAAAGGCAAUCUCGGCAAUGCCAAGACCAAUGGCUUAGAGGACGAUCUCAACCUGACCGGCAACCAGUAUAACAUCAUCUUGUCCGUUUUCUUCGUGCCUUACGUCUUGACGGCGCCAUUCCUUGGUAUCCUCGGCAAGAAAUAUGGGCCCAGCCGUGUCUUGCCACUGAUGAUGCUGACGUUCGGCUCCAUGACUCUCUUGACCGUCGCCGCUCAUAACUUUGGCGGCCUAAUGGCUCUCCGCUGGUUUCUUGGGAUGGCCGAGUCCGCUUUUUUCCCUCUUGUCAUCUACUAUCAAACCACCUUCUACCGCCGAGGUGAGCUUGCGAGGCGCCUUGCCAUCUUCUACGCCGCUUCCAACAUCGCGAAUGCUUUCGGGGGCCUCUUGUCCUUCGCCGUCUUUCGCAUUGACUCCGGUCCACUCGCCAGCUGGAGAUAUCUCUUCAUCAUCGAAGGUUCACUGACAAUCCUGUUCUCCAUCUUUGCCUAUUGGUAUCUGCCGUACAAUGCCCAGACUGCUCGCUUCUUGACCCCGGAGGAAAAGGACAUUGCAUUCUACAGAAUGCAGAUCGACUCGUCCUCGGUCGUUGACCAGAAAUUCAACCUGAAAGAUGCGGCAAUCAUCUUGAAGCAUCCUACCACCUGGAUAAUUCUAGGUAUCGAGAUGUGUCUCGGAGUUCCUUUGCAGUCGGUGUCGCUCUACCUCCCACCCAUCAUUGCCCGUCUGGGGUACGGGCCCGUCAAGACAAACCUUUACACAGUGGCACCAAAUGUCAGCGGUGCAGUUACUCUGCUGCUUCUGGCUUUCGCCUCCGACUACACCAAGGUCCGGUCGCCUUUCGUUGCUCUUGGGUUCCUCUUGACAAUGCUCGGUUUUUUGAUCUACGCUGCCGUUGACAUCGACACGCAGCUGAACGUGGCAUACUUUGCAUGCUUCAUGAUGACCUGGGGUACAUCUGCCCCUUCCGUUAUCCUCGACACUUGGUUCAAUAACAACAUCGCGAACGAGAAUCGCCGCAUGUUACUGACCUCCAUCGGCGUGCCGGUCGCCAACCUCAUGGGCAUAGUCUCUUCCAACAUCUUUCGACCGCAAGACGCACCCAAAUAUCUCCCUGCCCUUGCGACAACUGCGGCCUUUGGUGGAACUGGAAUGCUCCUGACGAUUCUGCUUAUGCUCUGGAUGAUCGUUGACAAUAAACGUCGUGACCGUAAGUUUGGGAGGACGAUCAAGGCACGGGACAUUCCUACCGAACUGCUUGCUGAUGGGCCUUGGAGUCCCGAAUACCGUUGGGUGUUGUGA